AUGAUCUUGAGAGGAUUCCGAGAGGAAGCUGCCUCUGCAUUCGUCCUGUUCAGACCACCGCCUCCUGCAUGGUGCACCCACCUCCCAUGCGGCCUGGGGCUGUUGAUCAUGGACACAAACCAAAGAGCUGGCCAGAAUGACCGCGAUGACAAGGACAGGGACCUGAAGACGCUCUUGCACCAGCUCUGCCAGCUGCAGGCCAAGCAGAGGAAGCUGGAGAGAGAGCUGCAGAGGCACAAGCCAUUCGUAGACUAUCUGAUGAAGGUCCUCGAGAGAAUCCCCAAAGGCUGCAGCGAUGUGGAGAAGCCCAAGGCGGCCCAGCUGGAGGCCCUGGUGCAGCGCUACGGGAAGCUCCUCGCCGCCAGCCAGGACGUCCAGCAGUACCUGGACGCCUUCUCCCAGAUGAGCAGGACCAUGCACGCAGCGCUGGAGUCCCUAGAGGACAGCCACAGGGCUCUCGUGCCGAGCCUCAAGAUGCGACUGUGUCAGCUGCAGAAGAAAUGUCACCACAAACAUCAGGAGCAGUGGCGGCAGAUAGAGCGCGGCGUGGCGCACCAGAACAGCCUGGGCAUUGACGCACAUUGCCACGUUGGAGGCAACAAUGGCCAACUGCUCAGCUACAUGCAAGGGGCCAUCAAUAACAUGGCCCAGCAGUGCUGCCCACCGGCCCGUGGCAAUCCCACAAGCAUGAGCCUCUUCUCCAAGCUGGACCUGAUUCAGGCCUUUAUAUUGGACAAGAUGGAGACCAUGAGGAUGAUCUCACUGCUCACAAAACCCAGGGUGUGCUGGGCAGGGGACAGCCUCAGGGACAGGAGCCUGAGAAGGGAGCCCAGGCCUGUCAGGAAGGGGCCAAGGAGCCAAGCAGUGUCCCCCAAGACUCCCUUUCCCAGCAGCCAGCCUUCAAAGUGCUCUAGCCUGUCCUAA